AUGGCCGUCGGUCUAGUCAUCACGAUUCUCCUUCUUUCUCAUCAAAUUUCUUCCUCGAUUCAACAAAGCGAUCAAUUGGAUCAAUUCACGAAUGAAAUCCAACAAGAACUCGUCGAGACUCGAGGAAACAUCCUCAAACUCCAGACGGAAAUCGCAAGAGAGCGGAACGAAACAAAGGACAAAGACGUCGAGAUGAGUCGAUUGACAGCAAAAAUGGCUCAAAUCGAGGAGAAUUUAAUGGGGAAAAACGCAAAGUUGGACGCUGAUUUGGUUGAUGGAAGGGAGAGCAAUCGAGAAUUGGAAAGGAAAAUCGCCGAGACGAAAAGGAAGAACGACGAUCUCGAAACCCAACUAAGAACGGAAGUGAGAGACGGAAAAGCCAAGAUUGGAGAGCUCGAAGGGAAAAUCACCGCGUUGCAGAGCAAGAACUCUGACCUCGAAACCCAAAUACAACUUGAACAGGAAAACAAAACGGCCGAAAUGGUGAAGUUGCAGGCAGAUUUA